AAAUAAAAACUGGCUGUACUGCCACUCAGCCGGUGUAUAAUCCUUAUUACUAGGAAGAAAAGUCAGAAAACAAGGUUUUGACCCGGAGAUUAUGCGGAUUCUGGUGACUGGCGCAACAGGUUACCUCGGCGGAAGACUCUGCCGGUCUCUGCUGAGCCAGGGCUACUCCGUCCGUGCCUUGGUACGACCGACCAGCGACCUUUCUUCCCUUCCUUCUUCCUCCAGUGGCUCCGCAGUCGAGCUUGUCUACGGUGACGUCACGGACUACCGCUCCCUACUGGAUGCCUGCUCCAGCGUCGACGUUAUCUUCCACGCUGCAGCCCUUGUUGAGCCCUGGCUUCCAGAUCCAUCUCGAUUCUUCACUGUUAAUGUCCACGGGCUGAAGAACGUGCUGCAAGCAGCCAAAGAGACGAAGACGAUCGAGAAGAUUGUAUACACGUCGUCGUUUUUUGCUCUCGGGCCGACGGACGGAUAUGUCGCCGAUGAGAAUCAAAUGCAUGCAGAGAAGUUCUUCUGCACGGAGUAUGAGAGAUCGAAGGCUUCAGCCGAUAAGAUUGCCUUACAAGCCGCAUCGGAAGGAGUGCCGAUUGUGCCGGUUUAUCCCGGUGUUAUUUACGGCCCAGGCAAGCUCACCGCCGGCAAUGUUGUUGCUCAAUUGCUAAUUGAACGCUUUAAUUGGCGAUUGCCUGGUUAUAUAGGCUAUGGAAAUGACAAAUACUCGUUUAGUCAUGUUGAUGAUGUAGUAGAGGGUCACAUUGCAGCGAUGAAGAAAGGUCGGGCAGGUGAAAGAUACCUACUUACCGGAGAAAAUGCAUCAUUCAUGCAUGUUUUUGACAUGGCUGCUGUAAUCACCAGCACAUCAAAGCCUAGAUUUUGCAUCCCCCUUGGAGUAAUUGAACUUUAUGGAUGGUUGUCUGUUCUUAUCUCCCGGAUUACUGGAAAGCUUCCUCUCAUCAGCCCCCCGACUGUGAAUGUUUUAAGACAUCAGUGGGCAUAUUCUUGUGACAAGGCUAAGCUGGAGCUGGAUUAUAGACCUAGAAGCUUGAGGGAGGGACUAGAAGAGGUAUUACCCUGGUUAAAGAGCUUGGGUCUUAUAAAGUACUGAAAGGGAAUCAAGCUUUUUCUUGGGUCUUAUACAGUACUGAAAGGGAAUCAUGCUUUUUCUUCAAGUUGUUACAUUGUUGUAUUUUUGCGGGUACUACUGUGAUGCUUGUUUUGAUGUCAAUGUUAAAAUCUCACUCUUUAUAAUAAUGUGAAAUGAAUGAUGGUUCCUCUA